AUGCCGCCAAAGAAGUCACUCCAACAGCAAUUGGAGGAACACAACGACGCUUUCCGAGAAGUUCUCGCUGAGUUUCAAGACAACCUGCGACACACGUUGCGCGUCACCAUGGAAGGCGCAAUUCGCACAGCUCUUCAAGCUCACCAUCAACCUCCGGAGUUCCAACGUCGUCGUGAACCAGUAUUUGACGAAGAGGAAGAAGACGAUGUCUAUGAUGACAACCCGUUCGCAAGGCCUCGUGAACGACAUCCUCCCGAUGUUGCCGACGCUCCACGAGUUGAUAACCGUCGUUGGGAGUCAGGUUUUAGACUUGAUUUACCAGAAUUCACCGGCGGAUUACAACCCGACGAAUUCUUAGACUGGAUAAGUACCACGGAAGAACUACUCACGUUCAAGGAGGUUCCAGAUGAGAUGAGAGUUCCGUUGGUUGCUACACGUUUUCGUGGCCGAGCUUCGGCUUGGUGGCAACAAACGAAAGAAAAACGUGUUCGAGAAGGAAAGCCACGUAUCGCAUCAUGGGAAAAACUGAAGAAAAAGAUGCGUAAAGCUUUUCUCCCUUUCAAUUACUCUCGCACAAUUUACAACAGGUUGCAAAACUUACGCCAAGGAGCUCGCUCUGUGGAUGAUUAUGCAACAGAUUUUUUUUCCCUCCUUGCUCGAAAUAGUUUGUUGGAAACAGAGGAUCAACUUGUGUCACGCUUUAUUGGAGGUUUACGACCGCAGAUCCAAAACACGUUGCUCCAAUUCAACCCGGCUUCUGUCUCCGAGGCUCAUCAACGUGCCAUUCUUGUUGACCAAAAUACUCGUGCACCCAUGUCAAACUGGAACUCAGUUAACAAUCGCUCACGCUCUGCUCCGUCAGACUUCGUCAAACCACCAGACCCGGUUCCGGAGGCAAGCGCUCCAACCCGCGGAUCCGAGAUCGUUGAUGGCUCCACGGCUCAACGAAACCCACGACCUCCAACCUUUAAAUGCUUUGGCUGCGGCGAACAAGGCCACCGGCAAUCUGCUUGCCCCAAGGCAACUCGUCGUGGACUUUUCAAUGAUGAAGAAGCACGAUAUGAUGAUUACGGCGACGAUACUGAUACACUAGAGGUCGAAGAACAACUCUCGGGCGAUGUCGGACGUACUCUGGUUUUCCGACGAAGCUGCUUUUCACCACCCGGAAUUCAGGAAUCAUGGCUCCGCACAAACAUUUUCCGUUCCACAUGUACCAUCCGUGGUAAGGUUUGUCGUUUCAUGAUCGACUCUGGUAGCUGCACCAACAUUAUCUCGGAAGAGGCGGCUUACAAAUUGGCUCUGUUCACCGAACCACAUCCGUCACCUUACACACUGGUAUGGCUCAACGUGAAAACAGAGCUGAAAGUUACCAAACGUUGUCGUGUCCCAUUCUCGGUGGGUCCAAACUACAAAGAUAUUGCUUGUUGUGAUGUCAUUCCAAUGGACGCAUGUCACCUUCUCUUAGGCCGUCCGUGGGAAUAUGACAGACGUACAAUGCAUGAUGGAUUUGCUAACACUUACGCGUUUUCAUUCGAAAACAAACGUAUCACGUUGCUUCCUACGCAAGACUCCACCACUCCGACGAUUAUUAGCACCGAUUUACCCGCUCCACCGACUUCUACUCCUCCUGGAAAACAGGUCAUGUUUCUGAAUAAGUCUCAAUUAUCUACUGAACUUCGUUCGGCUGACGUGUUCUAUCUCUUGGUUGCACCGUCGACUUCACAACGUUGUCCACUUGAGGUUCCAUUGGCUUUUCAGGACCUUAUUACCGAGUUUAAAGACGUUUUUCCUCAUGACUUACCUGAUGGUCUCCCGCCUUUACGAGACAUCCAACAUUGUAUCGACUUGAUACCCAACGCUGCUCUCCCUAAUCGGCCUCACUAUCGUAUGAGCCCGAAGGAGCAUGAUGAACUUCGUCGCCAAGUGGAAGAAUUGCUUGCCCGAGGCUAUUUGCGAGAAAGUUUGAGCCCAUGCGCCGUUCCUGCCCUUCUCAUACCAAAAAAAGACGGCUCUUGGCGUAUGUGUGUGGAUAGUAGAGCGGUCAACAAAAUCACUGUUCGGUACCGCUUCCCAAUCCCCCGGCUGGACGACCUUUUGGAUCAAAUCGGUAAUGCUUCCCUCUUCUCCAAAUUAGAUCUUAAGAGUGGUUAUCACCAAAUACGUAUCCGUCCAGGUGAUGAGUGGAAAACAGCGUUUAAAACGCGGGAAGGUCUUUUUGAAUGGCUAGUUAUGCCGUUCGGCUUGUCUAACGCACCAAGCACUUUCAUGCGAGUUAUGAAUCAAGCGUUGCGACCUUUCAUUGGCAAGUGUGUCGUCGUAUACUUCGAUGAUAUUUUGGUCUUUAGUGCAUCUUUAUCUGAGCAUCUUCAACACUUGCAUGAUGUCUUGUCGGUGCUUCGUCGUGAAAAGCUCUUUGCCGCGUCAAAAAAAUGUACGUUUGGUGCCUCGGAGGUUUUAUUCCUCGGUUACAUUGUUUCUGCACAAGGCUUACGCGUCGAUCCUGCUAAAGUCUCCGCCAUCAGUUCUUGGCCAGCUCCAACAUCGAUCACUGAGGUUCGUAGUUUUCACGGCUUGGCCUCCUUUUAUCGCCGCUUUGUACCUCAUUUUAGCUCCAUUAUGGCUCCUAUUACGGACUGUAUCAAGUCUACGUGUUUUUCUUGGACUAUGGAGGCUCAUGCUGCUUUUGAGAAGAUUAAGACUUGCCUCACCACCGCACCGGUUCUUGCAUUGCCGAACUUUACACUCCCUUUUGAACUCCAUUCAGAUGCUUCUAAGAGUGGUAUAGGUGCUGUUUUGAGUCAGCAAGGCCGACCGAUUGCCUUUUACAGUGAGAAGAUGGCUGGUCCGCGCAGUCGCUAUAGUACUUAUGAUGUCGAACUCUAUGCCGUGGUUCAAUCCAUCAAGCACUGGCGCCAUUAUCUUUUUCAUAGAGAGUUUGUGUUGUAUACCGACCACGAUGCACUUAAACACAUGGGCUCGCAAGACAAAGUCUCAUCUCGUCAUGCGAAUUGGUUUGCAUAUCUCCAGCAAUUCACAUUUGUGAUUAAGCAUACGGCUGGAUCGCUUAACAAGGUUGCUGAUGCUCUUAGUCGUCGACAUGCCUUACUUGCUACGCUUCAGGUUACUGUUCUUGGUUUUUCUUCUCUCCCUGAACUCUACCCGGCGGACCCUUUCUUUGGCAAAGUUUGGCCUGAUGCACAAGCAGGUUUGAGCCCUGAUUUUUUUGUCCUUGAUGGUUUUCUGUUCCGUGGUUCCCAGCUCUGCAUCCCGGAAUGCAGUUUACGAUUACAGAUUAUUAAAGAAAUCCACACUGAAGGUCAUGUUGGUCGAGACCGCACGUUACAACUCGUCACGGCUUCUUACUUUUGGCCCACUCUACGACGUGAGGUGGAACGUUUUGUGUCACGUUGUGUUAUUUGUCUUGCUUCAAAGGGCCAUGCUACCAAUGCCGGUUUAUAUUUACCUCUUCCCAUACCAACACAGCCUUGGACCGACAUUAGUAUGGAUUUUGUACUCGGCCUCCCUCGCACUCAACGGGGCCACGACUCUAUCUUUGUUGUGGUUGAUCGUUUCUCCAAAAUGGCUCGUUUUAUCCCUUGCAAGAAAACGACAGAUGCUUCCCAGGUUGCAACUUUGUUCUUUCGAGAAGUCUAUAAGUUGCACGGCUUGCCUAUAUCCAUUGUCUCGGACCGUGAUUCUCGCUUUCUAAGUCAUUUUUGGCGCUCUCUUUGGAAGCUUUUGCGCACCAGUUUAGACAUGAGCUCCGCUUAUCAUCCACAAACUGACGGCCAAACCGAGGUAACUAACCGAGCAUUGGGUGAUCUCUUACGUUGUUUAGUUGGUGACAACAUACGUUCAUGGGAUAAUAUUCUUUGUCAAGCUGAAUUUGCUCAUAAUCAUGCACUCAAUCGGAGUACCGGUUUCAGUCCAUUCCGUGUUGUUUAUGGUGUUUCUCCACGUGGUCCUUUGGAUCUUUCCAUAGCCCCUGAUCGCACUCGCAUGCAUGGUCGAGCUUGUGAUGUAGUUGACGAGUUUGUGGAGUUACAUGCUAAGGUUCGUGAUAAUUUAGAACAAGCCACAGCGAAGUAUAAGAGUGGAGUUGAUGCUCAUCGUCGUGACCUUCAGUUUAAUGUCGGUGACAAGGUUUGGGCUGUCCUUACCAAAGAUCGAUUUCCUCCUCACAUGUAUAACAAGCUCAAGGCUCGCAAGAUUGGACCGUUGGAAGUUUUGGAGAAAAUCAACAACAAUGCUUACCGUCUUCGUCUUCCUCCAAACAUGAACACUGCCGACGUGUUUAACGUUAAGCAUUUGGUUCCUUAUGAUGAUUCUGAUUCUGUUUCUCCUCCUACCAGUGGAAAUUCGAGGGCGAAUUUCUCUUCACCCCCGGGGACCUGA